AUGCAUCGGGUGGUAAUCACAGGCAUGGGUGCUGUGACGCCUUACGGUGCUGGUGUGUCAUUGCUCAGAAAAGCGUUGCUGUUGGAAUCCCGAACGGGUUUGAAGUUAUCAGAAGAAUUUGGAUUCGUUGUAGGUGCUAUUCCGGAUGACGAAGUCGACUUCAAGCGGUGGACAGCCGGUCAAAAGCGGGAGAUGAGUAGAGCUAGUCAAUUGGCACUACUAGCUGCAGAAGAGGCUAUGAAAUUUUCCAAUGCUGAAUCUCUCGACCAUACUGACACACUAGUGAAUAUUGGGACUGGCGUAUCUGAUUUGUUGGAAAUAGGCAGGACCGUUGGUCUUGUCGAGAAAGGACAGUCGAGAAAAGUGUCACCUUAUUUCGUGCCUCGGAUUCUUACCAAUCUACCAGCUGGAUACGUUGCUAUGAAGUACGGUAUGAAAGGCGGAGCUGAGAGUGCAGCGACGGCAUGUGCAACGGGACUUCACUGUAUAGGGAAUGCUUUUCGAACUGUUCGUCAUGGUUGGGCUCGACGUGCUAUUGCUGGGGCAGCUGAAGGUUGUGUGAAUGGAGUGGCAUUAGCGGGAUUUGAUAGAAUGCGAGCUUUGUCUCAUGGCAAGGAGCCGUCAUGUAGUCGUCCAUUCGACAAAAAACGUGAUGGCUUUGUUCUCAGUGAAGGAGUUGGGUUGAUACUUCUUGAGCGGUUACAGGAUGCUCUCGACAGAGGCGCUCCUGUACUGGCAGAGGUCAAUGGUUAUGGAAUUUCUUCGGACUCGUAUCACAUAACCAGCCCAGAUCCGUCAGGUAUAGGGGCGCGAUUGUCCAUGCAGAGAGCGAUUGAAGACGCCAGAAUAAGCCCCGACCAAGUGAGCUACGUGAAUGCACAUGCAACUUCUACUCCUACUGGUGAUACAAUUGAAGCUUCCGCAGUUCGUGAAGUGUUUGGAAAAAACAAUAUUGCUGUCUCAUCAAUCAAAGGUCACAUUGGACAUCUGCUAGCUGCAGCCGGAUCGGUUGAAGUCAUAGCAACGGUGGAGGCUAUCCGUGAAGCGAAGUUACCAGCGAAUCUUAAUUUGAAUGAGUCAGAUGAAGACGAUGGGCUAACGCUUCUGCGGCAAGUCACGGAAUGGUCUCGGCCAAGGAUAGCCGUAGUGAACUCCUUCGGUUUUGGUGGUACCAACGCCAGCAUCGUUAUCUCUGAAUAUGACCGAAAGUCUGGUAUUUAG